GACUAUAUGCGAUUGUCCAAAAUGAUAAAACAGAUUGUGUUCAUCGCUACUCUGGUGGCUGUUGUUUCAGCAGCCCCAGCAGAAAAAGACCCAAUUCCGAUUUUAAACCAAGAAAGUGAAGUGGACUACAAUGGAAAGUUCCAUUUUAGUUACGAAUCGGGUGACGGAAGUAAAGUGCAACAGGAUGGAGAAUUGAAAACCAUCGACAAAGAAAACGCAGGUGAAGCCGUCCAAGGGUUCUACGAAUAUAAGGGCGAAGAUGGCAAAACUUACAAGGUCAGUUAUACUGCUGAUGAGAAUGGCUACGUUCCACAAGGGGAACAUAUUCCUCAGACACCACCCCUGAUACAGCGCGCUUUGGCUUACCUGGCUACAGCUCCUCCACCAAAAGAUUCCAAAUACUGAUUUCGUUACAAUUUGUGAACUGCCACAUAUCUAGCUGUGUUUGUGAUUUGUAUAUUUUGUUAACGACGCAAUAAAGCUUUUUUGAAAAA